AUAAUCAUAAUGUUGAUGGUAUGAAUGAAUCGAAUAAUAAUGCUCAAGGUGAUAAUAAUAAUAAUAACGAAAGAAAUGGCCACAAUAUUAAUAAACGAAAUAAAUGUUCAUCAUUCUAUGAUGAUGAUCUAACAUAUCGAUUACGUACCGGUCUAUUAUAUGAUUUUAGUCAUGAAAACUUAUUGAAUGGAUGGGAUAGUGAUGUACCAAGGAAAAAUCGUCGUUUUAAAUCCAACCAUACAAUAUAUCGUGAAACAAAUAAUCAUCAAAAAGAUGAUCAAAACCAUAUGAAUGGUGGUAUUGUUGAUGAUGAUGAUCAUCAUUAUUAUCAUCAAAAUAAGAUAUUUGAUCAACAAAAUGAUGAUAAAAUAUCUGCGGCAAACACCGCUUCGUCUUCUACACCGAUGAUAAAUAGAUUAUUAAAUAGUAGUACGAUUAAUAGUAAUAAUACAUCGGAAAUUCUUCGUUCAAAUCUUUCCGGUCCUGGUGGUGGUAAUAAUGUUAUUCCACCACUUAUGAAUGGUGGAAUCGUAUCACCAUCAUCAUUGGAUCAUAAUCAUAACAAUAAUUUGAACAACAAUACUAAUAAUGGAUCACAAUUUUCUUCAUUAAAAUCAAAAUUAUCAUCAACUGAUAGUGAAAUGAUAAAGAAUACAGUGGUCAAUUGUCAUAGUCUUAAUGGUGGUGCUUUUGGUGAAAAAUUGGUCGUUAAUCAUAAUGGUAAUUUAUUCGUUAAAAAUGGUGAAAUUCUACCAAGUGAUUUGGAGUUUUUAAAUUCACCAUUGGAAGAAGAACAACAGCAGCUACAACAACAACAACAAACAAUGAAUGCUCAAGCUAAUCACAAGAAUAAUAUUAAUAAUACUACUAUGAAUUCAAUAGAUGCGACUGAAACAACAGCGUCCACAUCGACAUCUAAUAAUUCAACAUCCGUUCUUGGUGUUGCUGAAUUGAGUCGAAUGUUUCCAACACCACCAUCAUUGGAAGCAAUGGUAUCAUCACCAUCAAGUUCAUACGUAACUGAAGUGGCAACAAAUAAAUCAUCGAUUAAUGAUAACAAAAAUUGUAAUGAACCUGAUUCAGAUUCAACAAUUGUUAACAAUAAUCAUCAGGUUAGCCAAAAUAUUAAUCGAAUGGAAACGCAAUCAUCAUCAUCAUCAUCAUCAACGACAACAGCAAUGAUUUCACAUUCAUCAACAUUAACACCAUUAAAUGAUGGUGAAUCAAAAGAUUCAGCGUUAGUUUAUAUGCCACCUGUUCAAUCCGUAUUCAUUACAUCGGAUAAAUAUGCACCAUUAGGUAAUGUUGAAUGUAAAAAUACAUUACCACCAAAUUUCCAUUAUAAACAUAAUGUCCAUCAUCAACGAUCAUCCAAUUCUCGUAAUAAUCAUCACCAUCAUCAUCAUCAGGCAACACCACAUCAUCAUCAUAAUCAUUAUCAACAACCAAUGGCACAUCACCCUCAUCAUCAUCCAAAUAUGAGAAGCUUUUCUCCUAGCAUGUCACCAUUUUCUGGUGGUCAUCCAUUGCAACAGCAGCAACAACAAUCUUUCCUAAAAUCGAAUCAAAAAUUUCCUCCGAAUUAUCCAAUGCAACAUCAACAACAACAACAUAAUAUAAAUAGCCCAAAAAUUGGACAACCAUUUCCAAAUACAAUGAUUCGUGGUCCUCGUGGUCCAUCGAAUUUUCCAAUAUCACCAAUGACACCAGGUCCACCAACAUUGCCAUCUCAUUCAAUGCAUCCAUCUCAUCCAAGAUUACGUCAACAAAUUAGUCCUGUUCCUAGCGGUGGUGGUGGUGGCGGUAGUCAUAGUCCAUAUGCAUUAAUGGAUGGCAAUAUGAAUUCACCUGGAUCAAUGAUUGAUAAUCGUCGGUCCCCUUUUAUGUUUACACAACAACAACCUCCAUCAUCUAUGAUGAUGGCUAAAAAUCCAAUGAUGAUGAGUCCAUAUGGUGGACCACAUCCAUCACAUAUUCAUCAUAUGGCUAAUGAUGGUCAUCAUAUGGGGUCAAUGACAAUGGAAUGUAAUUCAUUGAUGCUUAACUUGUUGCUAUCGGAUUCUAUGUUCAACUUGUUCCGUGAUCAUAAUUUUGAAAGCUGUUCGAUUUGUGUCUGUAACAUGAAUAUCAAAGGUAAUGAUUUCGGUACAUAUCUACCUGAACAUCUUACCCAAAGAGAUCAUAUGCAACAACAACAACAACAAAAUUCCGAUCAAUACUAUCAAACAUGUACCUGUGGUUUUAGUGCCAUUUCUAAUCGUCAUCUUAGUUAUUUUGCUGGUUUAUUCUAUGAAGAUGAGGUUGAAAUUACCGGUGUAUAUUAUGAUCCUAUUGAAGCAAAUAAAGAGAAUCUAUUAAUGUUACCAGAUACGCAAAAAGAUUCUACGAAUCAACAGCUUGAAGCAUUUAUCGAUAAAGACUUGAUGAAAAGUCUAGCCACCGUUAAUGAUGAUCAAUUUAUUAAACUUUUAUUAAAUCAAUCGACAACGAUAUUUCCAUCGGCAUCAACAUUAGCUAAUCUUAUGUACUGUGAUCGUCGUCGCCAAUAUUGGCAUUCGACAUUUAACAUGAAAAACAACAACAAAUCUAAUCAAAUGGAAAAGCUUCGAAAUCCAUUACGAUUAAUGUAUGAAGAUUUUUCAGCAAUCAUACAAAUGUCUCUGCAAAUAACUAGAUCCGAUCAUUCAUCAGGAUCUAAUACACCAACAGGUAAAUUAUUUCAACAUGGCGGAUGGUCUAAUGGUUGUCAUACACCAACGCCCACACAUAUUGGUGGUCAUCCACAUCAUCCAGGUUCAUCAUCGAAUCGUCAAUCUCUUUUACAUGAUUGGCAAUUUAGAAAAUCUAAUUAUCCAGUUAAUAAUCAUGAAGUGAUGCUUACAUUGAAAACAUUACAGCCAUUAAUGCAAGAAUCUGUACAACGUAAAGGAUCAUUGAAUGAAGUGACAUAUAAUACGGUUAAAGGACCAUUAACUUGGAGACAAUUUCAUCGAUUAGCAGGUCGUGGAACCGAAUGUCAAUGUGAACCACAGCCUAUACCAUCUUUAUUGGUUGGAUAUGAUCGAGAAUGUGUUGCAUUAAGUCCAUUUGGAUUAAAAUUUUGGGAGAAAUUAUCAUUGGAACCAUUUGCUAUUACACGUGAUGUUUACUAUGUAGUCAUUACACCAGCUGAUAUGGAAUCACAACUUUCAACCAUAAGAAAUUUUUUCAAAGAAUUAUCCGCUACAUAUGAAAUUCUUCGUCUUGGACGACAUACUCCAUUGGGAAAAUUAUCCACCGAUUCUGGUAUCUAUGUCGUUAGUAACAGUGGUAAUGGACAGGGAAAAUUUAAUAAUAAUAAUAAUGAUUAUCAACAUUCAAUGGAUGAUUGGUUUCAACAAUUGGGCGAUAGUAAUCUUGCGCAGAAAAUUCGUUCAUUUGCACAUGCAUUAUAUGAACUAUUACCAUCAUUCACACCAUCAUCUGUUGGUGAUCGUUCAAUGAAAUUGGAAAAAUCUUCAAAUUCACAUUCAACAACAAUAGGUCAACAACAACAGCAUCAGCAUGAAAUGUCAUCAUCAUCAUCAUCCAAUAAUAAUAAUAAUAAUAAUGGAAAUUCAAAUAAUCAUCAUGUCACAAUGAAUGGUACAUCUUCUUCAUAUACAUCAUCAAAUACAACGACAUCAUCAGCAUCGUUAUUAUCUUCAUCAACUUCAUCGGCAACUUCAUUCAAUGCCAAUAAUAAUAAUAAUAAUAAUCCUCAACAACAACAACAAAAAUCAUUAAAUAACGGUAUGAAUAAUAAUGGUCAGCAGCAAACACAACCAGAUGGUAAUGUCAAUCCCAAUAAUAAUAAUGGCAAUCAAAUUCUAAAUGAUUUAGAUACAUCACAUGGAUCAUUAAAUCAAGAACAAAAUCAUUCAAGUUCAUCAUCGAAUGCAUUUCAACCAUAUGAUGAAGAAGAAGAUCCACAUAAAUAUCCAUCAGUAAUGAUCUAUGUAUUGGAAUCAUUCUCACCAUUAGGUAAAGAAAUGGCACGAUUUGGUUCGAUUGGUCUAUUGAAAACAUUUGCAAUGUUGAAAAAAUAUUUUCCCGAACAAAUGCGUAAUAAUGUACAUGUGCAAAUGUUAUCGAUUGAUUCGGUUUGUUCAAACGAUAAAGAUUUUCGUGAUUAUUCACGUCUUUCACAAUUGAAAGAAUUGGCAUUUGCUGUGUAUGGCCAAUGUAAACAACAAUUGGUCGUACAAUCGAAUAUUAAAAGUUUAACCGGUUUAGGACCAGCAGCAUCGUUUGAAUUAUUUUUGAAGAAUAAAACAUCAGGUUUCAAUCGAACCGAAUUAUUUACAACACCUUAUAUUCUGGCAUCAUUAAAAGAUAAACAAACCGAACUUACCGAAACAUUUGGAGAUAGACGAGAAAAAUCACAGAUUCUUUAUUGUAGUUAUUGUUUAACGGAAGAUAAAAAAUGGCUUAUUGCAUCAUGUACAAAUGAUCGUGGUGAUAUUUUACAUACAAAAGUUAUCAAUAUCACUAUACCGAAUCGUAUGAGACGAAGAAAAGCAUCUAUACGUAGAUUUGGAUUAGAUAAAUUGAUGAAAUUCAUGCAAACCGUAAUGGCCGAAUCAGUAAUGCCAUGGCGUCUAAUAAUUGGUCGUGUUGGACGUAUUGGUCAUGGUGAAUUGAAAGAUUGGACAUUUUUAUUAAGUAAAAAAUCAUUGCUUAAAUAUAGUCGACAAUUACGUGAAAUGUGUGAUCAAUGUCGAUAUGUUGGACCAAAUGAUCAGCCAGCCAUUUAUUCGGCAUGUUUAAUAUCAUUAGAGGCUGAUACGGCAUUGCGUGUGUUUCCAAAUUAUUAUACACCGGAUGAACGAUUUAGUAGUUCGUGCAAUACAUGUGGUCUUUCAACGCCUGAAGAUGCAUCGUGUACACAUAUUUUGGUGUUUCCAACAUCGGCUACAACACAAUCAUCACAUACAAAUUUCAAUCUAAAUGAUGAAUUUUUCAGUAAUUUAGAUGAUAAUAAUCUUGAAUCGGAUAUACCGGUUGAAGAUGAUUUUCUUGAUUUUUGGGCCGACGAUUUAUUAUUACAACACCGUGAACCGGAUAGCCCAAGUAAUCGACAAAUGUUUGAUACAUCCAAUUCAUUAAAGAAUUCUAGCCUUAUGGACGUUGAUCAAGAUGAACCUACACAAUUAUUACAACAACCAUUGGCAUUAGCAUUUUAUGUUUCAACUGCUCGUACUGGACCAUUACCACGUUGGUUUUGGGCACAUUGUCCUCAUUUGGAGAAUACAUGUCCUGUUUUCCUAAAGUCCGCUCUAUUGAUUCAUACACCAUCAGUACAACAAAAUACCGAUGAUCUUUUACAAUCAAAUAAUCGUGAUGGACAUUCACUUGAUUCAAAUCUUACUACUGAUGUUUUAAGAUAUUCACUUGAAGGCUAUAAUGCAUUAUCAUGGCUUAUACUUGAUCCAUUAACCAAUGAUAGAUUAUCAUGUCUACCGUUACAUAUACAGGUAUUGAUGCAACUUUAUCAUACAAUACAGACACUGGUCCAAUAAUAAUGAAUUUAAUGUGGAAAAAAAGUCAUCAAAAUUGUUAUUGUUGUUGUUUCUGUUGUUACAGAUAUUCAAUUCAUAAUUAUACACAAUUUGAAAACAAUCAAUGUACAAAUGUCCUUAUGGUAAUAAUCGAUGAAUCACAAACAAACAAACAAACAAAAAUUGUACAAAUGUUUCCAUACCAACACAAUCGUCGAUUUAUUAUUUUAGGUACAUAUUAUUAUUAUGUUUUAAAAAAAAUUUUCUUUCAAAAUUCAAA